AUGACAGAAGGUAGGAAAAAACGGCACCGUCGUCGUUCAAUCAUUCGUGAAUUUGCCACAAACACAACAAUGCAUGGCCUUCCGAAAGCUUUUAGCAGUGAAAACUUACAUACUCGAAUUUUCUGGGCAAUUUCCUUUGCUGUUUUCAGCUCUUUUAUGAUCUAUUUUAUUGUUAGAACGAUUUUAGCUUAUCUUCAAUAUCAAACACAAACAUAUGUAAGUGCUGAUGUUGAAUGGCCACAAUAUUUUCCAGCAUUCAGUAUUUGUAAUGCUGCAUCAUUCCGCUACGAUCAACUCAUAGGACCAUUUCUAAACUACACAAAUACGCUGAAUUUAACCAAUGAAAACAGUACAGAUGCAUUAUCUCCACAUCGAAUUCAAAAUUUUAUACAAUAUAAAGUUAAUAGAAAUGAAUCAGUUACGCACUAUUCAUUUUCACUUAAUUCGAUGCUCUAUCAAUGCUUAUACAAUUCUAUGCCUUGUUCAACUGUUGAUUUUGUUCCAUUUGUCUCAUCAAUAUAUGGUUUGUGCUUUACGUUCAAUGCUAAAAUGAAAAAUAGUAGUGUUAGCGUACGAUACGGAAAUCAGUAUGGUGGCGCUGGUCGACUUGAUUUAGCUUUUUAUGUACAUAGUCAACAAUAUGUGCCAUAUGUUGUAGAUAGCAUUGGUAUGGUUGGUCUAAUACACGACAAUACACAAAUACCACUUAUUGAUGCGAAUGGCAUAGGAUUGGCACCAGGACGACAACAUAAAUUGAGUUUUAAAAAGAAGACAAAUUUCUUUUUAUCUUCACCUUAUACUUCGUGCACUAAUAAUAUACCUCUUUCGAUGAAAUUAAUGCUUAACGAUUAUAAUGGUGCUGAUUAUGGCUAUUCGCAACUUUCAUGCUUUGAGCUUUGUAUACAAGCUUACGCAUAUCAACAAUGUGGUUGCGUUGCUCCGUAUCUAUGGAAUAUUCGUUACAUUGUUUUGCCAGGUACGAAAAACAUAAUGUUAGCGCCUCUUUGCAAUUACACUAAUCCUUGUUAUCAUCGAGCAAUUGAAAUAUUCCAGGCAUCAUCAUCAUUUAUCGAACGAUAUUGUCCAGAUUGUACAUUGCAAUGUUCCAUAAUAUCAUUUCCUCUUGAUAUAUCUUCCCUUACAGCCCCACUCGAAUGGCAAUUAAAUGCAAUUAAGACGUUUGUUGAAAAUUCUUCAGUGCCAUUGCCAUUAGAUUGGUCUACAGCAUGGCGUACGCAUAUUCAAAACAAUUAUGUUGCUGUUAGCGUCAUGCGUCAAGCAGCUAUCGUCGAUAAUAAUACACAGCAAGCACAAAUUACUUUAGGUGACGUCCUUUCGAAAGUUGGUGGUCUAACUGGUCUUUGGAUCGGUGUCAGUCUUCUCUCAAUGAUGGAGUUCAUUGAAAUGCUCUAUCGACUUAUUCAUUAUCAAUGUCAUUUAAUUCUUUCAACAAUACGAAAAAAAAAAUAA